AUGGUUGUCGGCGCUUUUCCGUUGUUUAAAUUGGUGAGUUUAGCUGUUAAACAGAUCUCCAAACCUGUAGCCAACAGUUUAAAGUCGGCAGCCAAGCAAAAUGAGUUCUUCAGGAGAUAUGUUUGUAUAUGGCCGGGGCAGGGUAAGUUGUGAUCGUCCAUCCGUAGUUGUACGAUAUGAUGCAAGCUUUCAUAUUUAUGUACACAUGUGUAACCUAGAUUUUACUGUGUAAGUAAUGUAAGACUUAUUGGAAAAAGUUAUUUUGGAUUUAUUGCAGGGUAUUCUUUUUUGAUUUGAAAUAAGAAUUAUUCAGUCUUUUUUUCCAUGGCUUUGGUCCAGUAUGGAGGGGAGGAUAAUCUCCCAGUUGUUGGUGGGGGGUGGGUGGACAUUGGGUAGUGAGUUUGAGUCUGUAUCCAAAACAGGGUAAGUUAGUAUUUGUGAGGUUUUCUGAUACUGGGUUUCGGGAAAAUCUAUCCUUUUUGCCCUUUGUGUUAAGAAACUAUCAAUACAUGUAUACUGCAUGUGACUUGCUAAAAGCAUAAAAUAUGGGAGGAGGGGAUGGCUGUGAGGGGGGAGGGGAGGGUUGAGUCCAUUAUCAGGACUAAUUCAUGCAUUUGUUAAUUCAGUUGGUCAGGGAAAUUGUACAUUUGCCAGGGAAACAAAUCAGCCUGGGAAAAAACCUACAACCUUCAUGUAUACCUGUCUAUCCCACCUCUCCUUAGAUUACUCUUGACAGUAGGGUUGUUCUACAUCAGUUAAUUAUUCCACUGAAUAUUCCAAUUUAUUCCACUGAAACUUAGAAAUGACCCACAUUGCUCAAACAUCCUCAAAGAGGUACAUAUCAGUGGUAGACAACCUUUUAACCCUGUAAGCUCCAAUACUGACAUACAAAUUCUCCUAAUUCAUUUUCUGAAAGAAUUAGUUGAGAUAAUUUGAUAAAAGGCCAAAGCAUUUUUCUCCUAAGUGAUCACACCACGACCAAAAACUCUCAAAGAAGCCCGAGAAAAUUAUUUCCACCAGAUCUGUCAUUCUGUUGUUGACAGUGCUGUAAACUCUCCCGGAUAAUUCCAGAUUUUGGAAUGUAUCUCCCGGUCUCCAGGUUAGAUUCUGAAAUCUCCCGGAUAAUCACCAAAGUUGCUAUUUCUUGUAGACUCGACUUUCCGACCAUAAAAUUCAAAUAUUUUGCGUUGUUUGAGCUACUGUUUACAUGGAACGUUUCCUCAUAAAUUCUGGUAUGCCACUGAAAUUUAAGCAAUGAUGUGGCUGAAUAUGAACUGUUUGUGUGCUAUAUACGUCGAGCGGAAUCAGCGAGCAUUUUUGGCACAAAUGAUGUCAUUUGUUGUGCGGUAUGACGCCAUCUUAUCUGUCAUUCCUUUCCUAUCAAUUGUCAAUAUUUGAUGAUGAGGGGGUGGGGGGGGGGGGGGUUGACAGCCCCGUGUUGCGGGUCCAGGUAUAGAAAAAUUUUCUCUUUUUUUUUUCAGAUAUAUUUUGUAUUUUUUCAAUCUUAAAUUCGUUUUGAUCCAAACAGGCUAUCAUUGGUUUGAGACAAGGGUGAGGAUGAAAUUGAUGGGACUGGCAGGCCCAGAUAAAGUUCAGCCGUUAAGUGAACAAGUUGCAGUUGAUGUUGGUGCAGAGCUGCUUGGAGAAUCACUGAUAUUUGGAAUUGCCACAUUGACAUUGUAUUUUGAAUACCGUAGAGGACAGAAUAAGGAGGCAAAGAAAGAGGAAGAUCAAAAUAGAAAAUUGACUGAUCUCCAGAACCAGAUCAAGGAGUUAGAACUAACAGUUGAUACAAAUGCAGCUCAAAUUCGUGAGCUUACAAGACUUGUUCAUAGUAAACAAAGUUAG